AUGAGCGACAAUUCUGUUCCUUGGAUCUCGGAGGCAGCCCCGCUUCUGCCGGAUAACCCAGCCUCUCCAAGCACGCAAUAUCAGAGCAUUACCCAGAAUGAGAAUUAUGAGACGGAGUCGUCAGCUGUCGAGUCUGGGGGCCUUGACCCAAGUGUGCCAUUCCAGAGUCAAGUCGACCCUAUAUCCCCCCUGUUAGGCGCCGAACCGGCUCUGGAAAGGUCGCGCUCCAAUGUCUCAGGGAAAACGCGCAACUCUUCUGCAUUGACCGACCGGGUAGAGCAGGAUGAUGGCAGCUACGCAGCUCGAUUCAUCGACGUAUCCCCGACGCGAUUCUGGAUGAUCUUCUCGGGCAUCAUGCUCGGGUAUGUGAUUGGAUUCUUUGAUUCGACGCUGAUGGCUUCUAGCCAUCCGGUGAUCACCUCUUAUUUCAAUGCAGCAAAUUCUGCAUCAUGGCUGUCAACUGCGUUUCUUUUGACCUCGACCGCAUUCAUGCCAAUACUAGGGCGCAUCUCUGAUGCGAUUGGCAGAAAACCAGUCUAUCUUUUCUCUAUUUUCAUGUUCUUCGUGACUACAGCAUGGUGUGGCUUAGCUCAGAGUAUAGCCAGUUUCAUCGCGGCUCGUGCAUUGUGUGGCCUCGGUGCUGGUGGAGUUUUCUCCAUGGGGCAGAUUCUCUCCAGUGACCUGGUGCGUCUCGAGUAUCGGGGUGUGUAUCAGUCUUACAUUAAUCUAUGCCUAGGGACUGGUAGCUGCUUAGGUCUUGCGUUUGGUGGUCUUCUUUGCGAUAAGAUUGGCUGGCGUGGCGCCUUCCAGGUUCAGCUGCCCUUUAUAUUCGUCUACUUCAUUACAGCCGUUGUGACUGUCCCAUCUUCUCUCGGAAAGAAGCAGCUUGAUGAUGGUAGUGCAUCUGGGCGGGCACUCCUCCGGACCAUCGAUUUCAGUGGAUCUAUCCUCCUUAUUGCAUCCGUGACUCUGCUGAUUAUGGGAUUGAAUCUGGGCGGCAAUGUUUUUCCAUGGGCGCACCCCUUAGUUAUCACAUCAUUGGUAGCAUCUGUCAUCCUGGCAAUCACCCUUGUGCUUUACGAACGGGGUGUGCCACGAGCAGUCUUGCCUGUCGAGCUUCUGUCCAAGAACCCUCGCGCGAGUAUCAUAUUCGGCAACUUUUUCGGGGCAGUCUCUGUCAACACCAUGAUGUUCAACGCUCCGCUAUACUUCCAGGCAGUGAAGCUGGCCAGUCCGACGGACUCGGGUCUGCGGCUUGUUGCGGCAUCUAUUGCUGUGACCGCAUCCAGUGUUGGUACUGGCUUUCUCAUCACUUGGUCCAAACGUAUGAAACCGACUAUCAUCGUCGGAGGCCUCUGCAUGCUAGUUGGAGGCUGUGCCGCUGGCUCAAUGGGUAUCGAUACGCCUAGUGCUCUGGCGAUGGUCUGUGUCUCAUUUUCCAGUCUUGGUCAAGGAUUUUCAUUCCCGUCUCUCAUGGUUUCCAUCCUGGCUACCAGUGAACAAGACGAUCAAGCCGUGGCGACUACUACGGUGGGUUUGGCGAGAAACCUUGGAUCUGUGAUGGGCGUCUCGAUCAGUAGCUGGAUUCUCCAGAACACCCUUCUCUACGAACUCGAGCAACAAGUGACGGGGCCCGAGAAGAGUCACAUAAUUACUCUUGUUCGCAGGUCUAUCCGCGCGAUUGCGGAUCUUGAUUCAAUACACGCCAUUCUGGACAGUCCAUACAUAGACGCCAUUCUGGACAGUCCAUACAUCUUUUCGGCCCUUAUCCGGAAGAUCCACUUUCCUCUUUUGCUCCGUGCCCGCUCCGCAACAUUUUCUAACCUCGAUGACUCGCGGGGCUGCAGCAGUUUAGCCCUUACAAGGCGAUGGGUUGGUGUGUAUUCUCACAAUCUCUUCAGCAUCAGUGGACUGACAUCGCUCAGAGUUUCUUGGCCCUUUGCCUUCCCUUCAUACCCUUUGCAGCCGCCCUCAGAUCUCGCGAUAAGGAAGCAGUCGCUCUAUCAGGACUUCAAUUUGCAUAAUCGAGCGUUCACCACUUGCGUCAAUCCUACGAAUACUCUUGAUGCGGAUAGCGAAUAUGGCAUGUCGAGGAAGAACGACUACAAAAUUCAGCCUACUCAGAAACGUGUUGUCAGCUCGGGACCUGGUCUCCUCGAUCGGCGCUGGAGAUUAGACGAUAAGAAGAUUUACGACUUAGACAUAUGA